AUGAUUGUAGUCUCAAAUGAUCCCAGUUGGUGGCCGGCCAUCAAUACAUAUCAUUUGGACAGCUAUUUUGUAGUCGCCGCCUUUGUUGCAGUGAUGUAUGAUUGGGCACUCACAUUUGGACAAGAGGUGGAAUUGAUCUGGCGACAACGAUGGUCCAUCAUGACAGCUAUGUAUCUCGGCGCGCGUUACCUUGGAAUCUUAUCUGCUGUCCUGUACAUACCAAUCAAUGUUCCGACUAUCUCGUUGACUGAUACGCAGUGGGUGUGGUUCUUUGCUAAAUUCUUGGUUCACUAA